UGUGCUCUGGAGCCGCGGAGGGGAGGGGGCUCCGGGGCUUUGUUGUGAUAGUAAAGGCUCCACCGGUCAGCGCUUUCUCCGGGGCACGGUGCUGCACGGUGCGGGGACUGUUCCUCAAGAGACAUACCGGACACAUGUAAGAUGCAGUGAUGGAGUGCUGCAGAAGGCGGAGUGUGUCUCCAGCUCUAACACGUCUCUGACCCUCUGGAUGAACAUCAGAUGUAAUACAGCUCAGACUGCUGAUAUGGAGAACCGCAGCCUGCUGUCCCUCUCUGUGGCCCUGCUGAGCUUCCUGAGCCCCUGUCUGACGGCACUGACUCCCAGGGUCUCCUUCCAUAUGGGGAGUCCUGGGAGACAUGUGACCCGCUUCAGCAGCCCUGAGGUCAGCAACACCAGCACCCUGCUGCUCAGUGAGGACGAAGACAUGCUGUAUGUGGGGGCCCGGGACGCUGUGUUAGCUCUGGACGUUAGCCACGAGGACGCUAUCACACUGAGGAGUCAGCUGGACUGGAGCCCUUCAGACAAAGACCUGGAACAGUGUUCCAUGAAAGGAAAGGAAAUGACCGACUGUCCUAAUUUCAUCCGUGUGCUGCAGUUCUUGAACGCUACUCACAUAUACGCCUGCGGAACCUUUGCCUACAGCCCCCGCUGCUCCUACAUUACCUCUGAGACGUUGAUGAUGAGCAUGAAGCCCGAUGAAGGCCGGGGUCGCUGCCCCUACGAUCCCUACCAACGCAACACCGCCAUCAUCGUAGACGGAGAGCUGUACACCGGCACCGUGGCAGACUACAGGGGGAACCGGCCCCUCAUCUCCAGACACCUGAGUGAGGGCCGGAGGGUGGACCUGAAGCUGGACGACACGCUGGGCUGGCUGGAGGACCCGACCUUCAUCAGCUCCAGCUUCAUCCCUGAAGAGGAGAAGAUCUACUUCUUCUUCAGUGAGGUGGGCAGAGAGUACGACUUCAUCGACAAGUUCAUCGUUUCUCGCGUGUCUCAGAUCUGCAUGAGUGAUGUGGGGGGUCAGCGGACCCUGCAGAGACGCUGGACCACGUUUGCCAAAGCUCAGCUGCUGUGCCAGGCUGACAACGAGCUGCCCUACAACGUGCUCCAGGACAUAGACAGCCUCCCCCCAGCAGAGGGCGCUCCGGCAGACGACACUCUGUUUUACGGCAUCUUCACCUCCCAGUGGUCUGUGAACUCCGCACGCUCAGCAGUGUGCUCAUUCCGCCUGGCUGACAUCAAAUCAGUGUUCUCUGGGAACUACAAAGUCCUGAACAGGGACACGCUACAGUGGAGCACACGGGUUCAAGAGAAGGUUGCCAAUCCAGGAGAGUGUGGCCUGCACAACGCCUCGGACAACGCGCUGCGCUUCGUCAAAGAUAACUUCCUGGCAGACGACAGCGUGCGGCCGGUGGGGAGGAGUGUGACGGUGGUGUCCGCUGAGCACAGCUACACACACCUGAGGGUGCAGAGGGUGCAGGGCGCCGGCACCCGGAGCUACACCGUGCUGUUCCUGCUCACAGAGUCGGGGUACCUUCACAAAGCGGUGCUGCUGCAGGGCGGGGCCCACGUCAUAGAGGAGGUGCAGGUGUUUGAGCAGCCUCAGCCAAUCAAGAGCCUGAAGCUGUCCACAGCCAAGGGUAUGAUCUAUGUGGGCUCCUCAGAGGGGGUGGUGAGGGUUCCAACAGCAAACUGCUCCUUCUACUGGACCUGUCCUCAGUGUGUCCUGGCCCGGGACCCCUUCUGUGGCUGGGACCCGGCCAGCAGGGCCUGUGUGGGGGCCUCCAACAGCCAGGCCAGUCUAGGCCAGGAUGUAGACAGAGGGAAUGUUGAAGAGGCGUGCAACAGUGUUUCAUUCUCACACAGAGCCCGGUUCAGUCCAAACAAACUGCCUGCAGGUGAGCUGGUGUCGGUGUCUCUGAACGAGGUGGUGCGUCUGCAGUGUCCCGCAGCGUCCCUGCUGUCCCAGCAGCUGUGGGAGCGUCCCAACAGCCGGCUGACCCCAGACCUGUACCUGAUCCUGGGGGACGGCAGCCUGAGCUUUGUGGCCACCCCUGCCACGCUGGGCCCCUACCUCUGCCUGUCCACGGAGAACGGCUACCAGCAGACUGUGGUCAUCUACCACGUCAAGCAGGGGAGCGGCCCUGUGGCUCAGACCCCCAGCAGCCACAGCUGGCCCCAGAACCCCCCCAUCCCCACCACAGAGGCAGGGGCCCGGCUGCGUCCCUCUGCGGGGCCCGAGAGAACAGAAACAAGUCGAAUAGAGACUGAGCCGACACCCACCAGCAGGAACGUGUCCCUGUGGGCGGAGGAGCCUAAAGAGGCGGAGCUCUGGGACAGGGGCCCCCUGCAGGCGGCGCAGGGCCCCUGCUACCUGAAGGAGCUGGUGGUGGUGUCUGUGCUGCUGGUGCUGAGCCUGAGUCUGCUCAUCACCAUGCUGCUGUACGUCUUCAGACAGCGCUGCCGGAGCCGGACAGCCCCCCAGGCGGGGCCCCCCAGCAGAGACUCUGACAGAAGGACCCCUGUGGAGCAGGAGGGCCUCCAGGGGGGCCAGGUUCUGAGCAAACGUAACGGACAGGGCCGUGGCUUCGCUUGUAACGGGGCCCUCACAGGAUCUAACGGACAUUUGCCCAACACCCCCAUCUGAGCAGUGUUACAUCAGAGGUGGGGGGGGGGCGUCAGGUACCAGAUCUGUUUGCACAGCCAAUGACACGGUACAAAUACUGCCGACUCAUCCUGAUAGGUUGGAUCUGGGUCAAUAGGAUGACAGAAACUCUGUGGUACUUCAGACUGUUACACAGGAAUAUGCUGUGUGUUCAUACACAGAAAGGUGCUGCUGGCCCUUUAAAUGUUUUAGGGACCACUCAGUGUUUGAUGCAAGGAAAGUGACCACUACGGAUACUAAUGUUUUUUAUGGGCUAAUUGCAUUUUCAAGAAUAAAUUCAAAACACACAUGAACAGAAUAUUAGGACAUGCUUCUCAGCUGAUUUGCUUUGCCAAACACAUUUUGGAGCCUGGGUUAGCUCCAGUGAGUCAGUAUUGUUUCAUCGCUACGUGGUCCGGGUCAUAUACUCUUUUUAUGUGUUGUGUAGAACAGAGGUCAGGCCUGUAGCUUGUUGAUGUGUGUGUGUGUUUGUGAGAUGGUGUAACGCAUCAUGUGAACGUGCCUUGGCUACAGAUGAGCUGUCGGUCCACUCUACACUGACUUCCUGUGCGUCAUACACACCAUUUGGAUACAACAUCAGUAAACAUGCAGCUAUGAUAUGCUAUCACUCAGAUUUUGAUGAACUCCAAUAAAGAAGUUACAUCUGGA